AUGGCAACGCGAGGUGUGGUGCUUUUUGAUGGCGAAGCGCCGCGGGAGUCCAACGCACCGACGCUCAGCAGCAGCGGCGCCACAGCCACCAACCUCAACCAGAACCCAACGGCAGCUGGCGUCCGCCGUCCACCGCCACCGGUUGAAACAUUCCACGUGCGUGGCAACCUGCUUUCCAAGCAGUCGGACGAGCGCUUCACGCCCGUUAUCUCCGAGUACGAAGGGUUUGUCGACGAUGACGCUUUUGAGACCGGCGACUCGAUGCCCGAGCCUCAUAUGAAAAAGCCCGCGAUACGUCCCUAUGUCCUGAGCUCGCUCGCCAUCAUCGUGGCCGCCGGCAUCGGUGUCGGUCUUGGGCUUCUUUUGGCGACGCUCGACCUCUCGUCCGAUGCGAUUGCGUGGGUGGCACUGCCCGGUGACCUCUUUGUUCGGGCGCUGCGCUGCGUCAUGGUGCCCGCUGUCUUCUCGGCCAUGGCCGUCGCUGUUGCCGAGAUCGUCGUGCUCAAGAAGGCGUCGCUUCUCUCGUGGCGCACCGGGUGCACUUUCUUUCUCACGUCGUUUUUGGCGGUCGUCCAAGGCAUGAUUGUUGCCGGCAUUUACCACUCUGUCGUGCGCAACCACAAACCACCAUCGGGGCUCCUUGCAACCACGUCGCUCGUGUUCAAGUUCGAGUGCCCCAACGGCAAGUAUGCCAUACCAACCGACGCCAACGAGCUUGCGUGCGUCGCGUUGGAGACUUCGUCGCCAUCGACGCGCUUCGUUGCGAGCGAUGUCAACCACGUCUUGGCCGUCAACACGACGCUGCGCAGUUUGUCGUUGACGCAAGAGGUCAUUUCCAUCAUCAACCUCUUGGUGCCCCAAAACAUCUUUGCCGCGCUCGCCAAUGGCUCGCUACUGAGCAUCAUCACGUUUGCACUCCCACUCGGCUUUGCCAUUGCCAAGUCGCACACGGGGCUACCAGAACACAAUGCAAUGCUGGUCGUGCUCCGACAAACGCGCAACGCGAUGCUCAUCAUGCUGCAGGUGAUUUUGAAAGCGACGCCCGUCGCCGUCGCGUUUUUGCUCAUGAGCGCGAUCGUGACGUACGACAACUUGACCAACACGGUGGUGACCAACGGCGGGUACCUCCUCGCGGCUGCGAUCGUCUCGUACAAGAUCAAGGAGGCGAACGCAGCCGCCUUUGGCUACGUCUUUUUGGCAUUUCUGGCUGGCGUGAUCUGUCAUGUGCUGCUCGUGAUGCCGCUAUUGCUCUUUCUCUGGACGCGCUGCAACCCGUACAAGUACCUCCGUCAUCUCGUGCCGGCGUACGUCUUUGCAUUUGGGUGUGCCUCCUCGAUGGCGACCUUGCCUGUUGCCGUCACGGUCGUGCACCAGACGCGCCAAGUCUCCCGGUCCCUUGCGCAGCUCAUUUUGUGCCUCGGGACACCCACCAACAUGAACGCCGCGGGGCUAUACCAACCGGUCAUGACGGUUUUUAUGGCACACAUGUCGGGCAUCGAAGACGAGCUCCAUGGUCCGCAGUGGGUCGUGCUUUUCUUCGUCGCGCUGAUUGGCUCGAUGGGCACGGCGCCCGUGCCGAACGCCGGUCUCGUCAUGCUCUUGACGGUCUGGAAGACGGUGUUUCCGUCGGCGACGCAGGUCCCCCCGGCCUUUGCGAUCGUCAUGGCCGUCGACUUUCUCUUUGAUCGCAUCCGGACCAUAACCAAUGUCAACGGCAACAUGGUGGUGGCUCGCAUGCUCGCCGACCGCUUCAACGACGACCUCCACGACUCGAUCGAUGACACCGCCGCCGCCACCGACCACCCCAUUCGAGUCUAG